AUGUUUGGACCAUUCCCCCCAUUUCAAACCGAACAUUUGAGUCCCAAACUCCCUAAAGGAUCACCUGGAAAGUCACCCAAGGAAUCCUCUGAGUAUACCACCGUUCGACAUUCCCUGGAUAGUGUAACAGUUCCAACGACUGAAGCUCCUCCUCCCUUUCCACCUCCUGCUCCUCCUGCAUUUGUUCUGCCUGUUUCCGUGUCAGAGUCGGUUCCUCCAUCUGUUACCGCUGGUAACGCUUUUUCUGUUGUUGCUCGACGCAAAUGGGAAGAAGACAGGCAGACAAGCAAGGGCUUUGGUGACUCGCUUCCAAGCAGCCCAACUGAAGCUAUCUUUCAUCCUUGCCUUUGUCGCAAGACUUCAUAUCUUGAUUACGACGGGGACCUUGCUCUUCCCAUGCCUAAGCCACGGCAUGAUAGCGUCGAGGCCCCUUCCGGGGACGAGUCAGCUCGGCCUACUUUCAAGAAUCACUCGGUGACGGAUCCUAUUUUCACACACAAUCCCUUUCAAUGUGACCUUUACACUCCCGAAGACAUGAAGAAGCGGUCCAAAGUGGAUCUCAUCAAGUCCAAGUUAAGCUUCAAGGACUUGCGCAAGGAAGGUUCCCUUGAGGAUAUUAAUAUUUCUCCCUCGGUGCUCCAGCUUCCUGAGCCGUUUAAUGAGAGCUCCAAGAGAGCUUUCCAUCGUGCAACUUCUCCAAAUACCAUUCCCUCCAUGGCACAAAGCAACUACAACUUCAAGGCGAAGUUGAAGCCCAUCGACCAUGGCAAGGUCUCCGGUUGCAGCUCUCAAUCUAGUACUGCACCGAGUAAGAUUCCUCUACCUCCCUCGGGAACAUACACCAAUGCGCAUGGAAUCGUUCCGUCCAGAACCCGAAGCCGCCAUGUUUCUGUUGCUGAGAGCCAGAGUUCUUCCACUACUCAGGAUAAAACCAAAAGCGAUUCCAGCGCAGAGUACAACACAGGAGCCACUCCUACUGGAAAGUGUCGACCAAAGAAUCUUACCAUCUCGCGUACGAGCACGGACAUUGCUCAGAGGCCGAGCGUCUCCCGGGGGGUACCCAUCUACCCAUCGAACAAGGACCCGCACCCCAUGCGUGGAGACCUUCUCAAGCCAUUAGGCAAGGGCAAGUAUAUGCCACGACCCUGGGCUGAGCGAGACUGUGGUCCCUCCGUUUCAGCCAAGGAGAAUGUUCCGGCCCUGACUGCUUACAAAGAGAAUGAAUCUCCUGUGACCUCUAUGCCUGAUUAUCUUCCAUCCUUCCGCGAGCGCAUAGAGAAGGCUGACCUCUCGCUGGAGGGGUUUGUUUCUCUGAGUCGCAGCAUUCCCAUGCAAGUGGACGACCUUGUUGACAUGGUCCGCUCAAUCCAGAGACAGACUGAUCUCGGUAUCAAUAACCUCAACAAUAAAUUGGAUGAGCUGGCCAACUGGAUCAGCGACCAGCUCCAGAAACAGGUGAAUUCCAUCUCUGACUUGGCGCGCACCAAAGCCGACCUAAACAGCAAGCAGCUCGAAGUCUCCAAAGAAAUUAUGAAGUUCCAGAUGGAGUGUCGCCUUGAGGUCGGUGUCAUGGAGCGACGACUCAAUACGUUCGAGAUGAAAGUCAUGGAUGAAGCACAAGCCGAAAUUCGUUCGUUGGGUCGCUCUUACGAGGAUCUGAAUCAUAAGACGGAGACCCUAAUCAACAAGUUCUCGUCCGAUACUCUUCAGAAGUUCAUUAAUUGUCAGCGCCGCAGGACCGAGGAAAUACAAAGGGAUGUGGCGUAUCUCAAAGCCCAGGAUGAAAAGUACAAGCUUGAUGAGACUCAGAAAGAGCAAACUGACCGACGCGUCACGGCUCAGAUGGACGCCGCCAAGCUCACACCUUCUUCUUACCCAGCUACUCCGAUGAAGAUCGAACUCUUGGACGAACAUACCGCUGUUCAAGCUGAGCUUGAAGCUCCGAAGGGUCAUAUGGAAGCUCCAUCGAACACCUCGAUGGAUGUGCAGCGCUACAGUGAGUCGACUAUCCGUAGCACUCAACCUUUGAUCAAUGAGCACGAUCAUGCUCUGCCUAUGCCACCUACCCCAGCGUCUGCCCAUGCUCCUUUUCCUCUGCGACCCCGAAUCUCUUCAGCACAGGACCAUAAGUCAGCCGGUACGUUGCCUCGAAGUAUGUCCCUUGCCAAGAAAGGAUUCAUGACCGGCACGAAAGGUACAGUCUCUAACGCUUCUGACCGCAAAGAAAAGCAACUCGAGAGCACCCCCUCCAAUGAAGGAAAGAAACGAUCCAUCUUCAGUUUUCUCCACCGCCGUGAUCACCACGAGAACGGUACGGGUAAAUACCAGCCAUCCCUCCGUCGCACCGAGGCCACUCUACUUCUUGACGAUGGCAGCUCGCGAACGUCGACUCCUACUCCUCCUAUUCCUGCGAUUCCGCGGAAUAUUCCCAAGUUCGCUCAGAUGGAGAACAAGAGCCUGACCGUAGUGCAUCCCGCACUUCGCGCUGCGACUGUGCAGAAUGUCGUGCACGAGGAUGAAGUCCUUUCUUCCUCGCACAGCGGCAUACCCCUCUUGUCUCCCGGGCCUUCUUUCAGUUACAACGAAGAGGUCGGCUUAAAAUGCUCUACCCGUGGCUCUUUCCCCUCCACCUGCACCACUGCCUCGUCUUUCAGCGAGUCCAAGGUCCAAUCAGCCUCUGACAGCUUCCACUCCGCCAUGCAGCACACCUCCCUGCAGGAGAACACCGCAAAGCUUCUGAAGCAGGCCGUUUACAGCCCUGCUAACGACAACCUGCACAUUCCCCUGCUCGAUGAUACUGAGCAUGGUUGGGUUCAGGACCAGGUAUCUCUUCAUGAACAACGGUACACAGAUACAAUGCACUAG